GGAGCGGCGGGGAUCACUGCGGCUGCCGGCGGAGCAGAAAGUGAAAGUACCUGCCGCCGGCGGAAGCCCCAUGAGAAAAGCAAAGCCCGGCCGGGAGUCCCGCAGUGGCCUCUGAGAGGCGGAGGGGCUGCUGAGUCCCUCCCGUCGGCCGCGGCUCCUUUCGCCUCCCGGCGCGGAGCUCCGCGAGCUGCAGGCACCAUGGGCGGGAAGGCGCCGUCACCAUGACCGCCCAGCCGCCGGGGCAGCUCCCUGCCAGACUCCCCCUCGGACCAUGUUCCAUGCCUUUUUUAGAACUAUCUUUUGGGUUCUGCCGCUGCUCCUUGUUCUGUGUCCAGUGAACUCAUCCAGUUGUGCAAUGGGAAAUAGAACAACUGAAAUCCGUGUGAAGUAUGAGAAUAUACUAAGCCACGACAUCAAUGAGCUGGUAAAUAUAUCUGCAGAGUAUCGUGACAAGUGCUGCAGGAAUAAAAAACAUGAAAAUAGCAAAGUGUUUUUCUGCAAUGAUACUCAGGAAAUAGAAUCACUACAGAGUAUGGCAUGCAACAUGCUCAAAUUCUUUCAUAAGCAAAAAAUCAGCAAAAACUUUAGAUGGAAAGCAGCGUUUGUCUCAUGUGGGACACUGCAGGUUCUACAGUGCAAAUGUGAAAGAAAUAAAAAAGAAAAGGUUUGCAUGCAGGUAAAUAUACAUAUUAAGGAAGAUACAGAAGAAGGUGAACAGACCAAAAAGAAAUGUAACCAAGAAUUUUGUGAAUUGAAAGAAAAUAUAUCUAGCCUUCAAUCCUGCUGGAAUAAAUUUGAAAAAAUAACUUCCUGGUGA